AUGUGGCUUGUAACACUCCGUAUCGGACCGCUCCCGACAGGCCAAGGGCGAAAAAAUACCAACGCGAUAGUCGAUCAAAACAGCAUGAUGUGCCUUCGCUUCAACAAGCAGUUGGGCCUUGGUGCACGGCCGAAGUUGAAUACACUCUAA